ACGUGUUGGUACUGCCUCCUUAACCAGCGUUGUAAACAAACCCUGGAUAAUAUUGAAAGUUUAACCUCGCACCACGAAAAUAUCCUAUCCUUAAAAAAAAUACUCGGAGUAGCUACAGUUCCUUUAUAAUUUUAACGACAAAAUACACGAAACGGUUUCAUCUCAGAGAAAAACUUGUUCCUGUUGUCAAGUGUGAGAGACCGAGAGAACAGCUGCAAGACGAUUUUUGUUUGUUUGGUUUGGAUCCGUCCGAUGGUUUCUUGCUGAAGAAGUGACAAAACAAGCUAUCCCCUAGACGAUUGAGCAAUUUACCGAUGCAUCUCAGUUGACCUAUCCAACGGUAGUUUUCUGGUCACAUAUUCGUUAAAAUUAGGUCUUCCAUUGAACAUCCGAUAACUACGUUAGGACGUUCCAAGGAUCGUGGAUAGCACGGAGGAUCGCUUGAUAGCACGGACCCUGCUGUAAUUGUACCAAGAAGUGAGCUGCGAAUUAGACAACCGAGACAUGGUGAAGCUGACAAAGGCUAAGACGUUCCAAGCAUACCUAGACUCGUGCCACCGCAGGUACAGCUGUGUUCACUGCCGAGCACACCUGGCCAACCAUGAUGACCUCAUCUCCAAGUCUUUUCAGGGUAGCCAGGGUCGUGCCUACCUCUUCAACUCUGUGGUGAAUGUGGGCUGUGGUCCUGCCGAGGAGAGGCUGCUACUCACCGGGCUCCACGCUGUGGCAGACAUCUACUGUGAGAACUGCCACACCACACUGGGCUGGAAAUACGAGCAGGCCUUUGAGUUGAGUCAGAAGUACAAGGAGGGAAAGUUCAUCAUUGAGCUGUCCCACAUGAUAAAGGACAACGGCUGGGACUGAGAGGUGAAGGGCGAUGUUUUAAUUGAUGUUUCGUCCCUCGUCCGUUGUUCUUCCUGGCCUGAAUGUGUGUCCCCUCACUCUGUGUAAGGGCCAUCGGCUCUGUCACUCCGUCACUUCAUACAGCUUUGCCAAGAAUAGCAUGUGAUGUUUGUUUUUAUACAUAUAUCUAUAUACACAAGGAGUUUUCCAAACAUUAAGAACACCUUCUUAAUAUUGAGUUGCACCCCUCCUUUUUGCCCUCAGAACAGCCUCAAUUCAUUGGGGCAUGGACUCUACAA